CUUUAUUGUGAAUAUAUAUAUAUAUAUAUAUAUAUAUAUAUAUAUAUAUAUAUAUAUAUAUAUAUAUAUAUAUAUAUAUUACUGUGGUACUGAGAAGCACCUGUUCCAUGACAAUAAAUAUGGUAAUGUACACAAAAUCAAAUAAAAGAAUGGGCUUUAUCUGUGUUUGCCCAAGUUUUUACUCUUCUAUAAACCUGUCUUGUGUAUCCUACCUAGGUUCAGACUGAAGAAUUUGAGUGUAAAUGGGUUAUUACAAUUGCUCCCUUUUCAGUAUAAGUAACUAUAUUUUCUGACUCUUGGGGGGGGAAUUAACCGCACUUUGCUCCUCACCUUAAAUGGCACCUUGAGUCUGAUCCAAUAUGUCAUGCAAUAACUGUAUGAAUAUGAGAGUAACAGGUAGGUAAGGACAGUGUGAAAGGAAAUGAUAGAACCUGCACAGGGCACUUGUAUCCUAGGCAGCAGAUCAGAGCAUCAUAGAUAAUGUAUGGGUGGUAGAAGGUACCUACAUUUGCCCUUUCGUAUUCAGUGGUUGGUAACAGGUAACUGUCUGGCCCCCACCUCUCAGUAGGGGCUGCAAUCCUAAACUUGCAACUGUUGUCCAAUCAAAGAAUGACAUGAAACCCUGGGAAACAGCGGCCAAACUGCUAAGGAGGUGACCACAACAGCUCUUAGAAAAGGCUCACAAAAUGUGGCCCAACCUGGACAUUGCCCUAAAGAGCAGCAGGUGGAGAGCUAUGCUUUUGAGAAUUAAUUUAUCCCAGUGGAAUAAUUAGCCAAAGAAUGGAGGGUACUAACUAUAGAGGAGACAGACCCCCAUGUUCUGUGAUUGUCUCGAUCCCCUUGCUAGGGUUUGUUUAAAAAAAAUAAAAAAAGUAAAAUGUUCCCAUUCCUUGGAUGAUAGCCUAAUAAUGGUAAGUAAGGUCUUUCUAUUUUCCAUAUCAUCCAGCUCAAAAGCCGGGAACUCAAUCCCAAAGAGAACCUACAUGCCUCUCACAUGACUAAAAGAGAAUCAAGGACCCAAAAAUUCUUACCCAUAUCCUACAAUAGUGAGGUUAGUACAGAGGACAAAUAAUGGCAGACCUAAAGAGACUAGCUGAAGAACAACUUGAUUCACCUUUUGUUACCCAGUUACUUAAGGAACACCUGAAACUUGCUACAAUGAGUAGGGAUGGGCGAAUUUGACCCGUUUUGUUUCGGAAAAUAUUCGCCACCAGCGAAAUGUCGCAGACUGCCAUUAAAGUCUAUGGGCGUCAUUUUCACGGAGAAACAAGGCGCAUAAAGUUUUUAUGAGUAAGUUAUUAUGAUCUUUUGAUCUGUAUAGUCUAUUUGCUGGGGAUAAAUUGGAGAGGUUGAACUUGAGUUAGAGUUAGAUAUGUAACUUUGUACAACCCAAACCCUAUAGUAAUUAAUUUCAUGUUGAGCACAGAGGUAAUUGCCCCUUUCAGUGUCAAAGGUUAUAAGGAGCUUAGAUUGAGUCAAUUCAAGACUAGUGAUUGUAAGUAAUAUACAUAAAUUAUGAUUUUCAACAAGACAAUAUGAAUUUAUGAUAUCCAAUUUUAUGAUUUAAAGUUUUAGUCUCCCUAACAGUCAUUCUAUAUUUAUCCUGACAGAAAGCUGACUUGGUCUGUGGCAGUUGAUGUCACAUGAUUGUUAGUGGCGACAUCACAAUGGUUGCCAUGAUCAUUAGGGAUGACAUCACAGUGGUGCCCCUGACACAAGCUGGUAUAAGGGCUGUUUACAGUUGGGAUUGUCAGAUUAGUGACUGAAUGCCACCAUGAGGUCACUAAUCAUCACCCUAUUGAUUUUCACUGGAUUUUUACGAGUAAGUUCUGUUCAUGUUUAUGGGGUCAUGUAUGGGAACUGUUUUGGAGUCAUUUUGGGUUCCUGUUAUUAGCGUUAUCUGUUAAUGUACCAGUGACUUAUGGGUUUGCUGAGCGGUUUCUAUACAAUGUACAGUACCAUGUCCCAAACAUCUGAUCCAUGUACUUUUCUCUUACAGGAAAGAGAUAUCAAAGAACAUAUUAAGACAUCGGAUUAUGUGACUGAAGGAUUCAACUACAUCAAGCUCAGUUUGCCAGUUUGCCCAGUGUCUGUUGAAAAGGCCGGUUAUGUAGAGGAUGUAGAGUGCGGCAAUACCCUGUUUGUACAGGAAGAGAUCAGACCAGUCCCUCUGCUGAUUCCUACAGACAUAAGAUGUGAUGGCUUGCGUUGUCCAAUUCCUCCUAUAGAGUGUCAGCUCACUAACCGAGAGCCAGAGCUGAGUAGUGCCAUCAUUCAGGAGUUCCAGCUAAUUGUACCUUAUAUUGAGACCCUCAUCAGAGAUACUGAGAAUGGCACUAGUGUGAAAGGAAUCAUUUUGGGCGUCUUGCUACCACAAGUCUUUGUCUAUCUACUGGAAUUCUGCAGGUCCAGCAGAAAGAAGGCAGAAAAGGACAGAGAUGAGGCCCCUGCUGAAAAAGAGAGGGAAGGGCCACAACAUCCUGCUCAAACCCAUUAUAACAUGGAGGAAGAAGCAGAACUUAGUAGGAGUGGAAGCAAAAAGAAGGAGGAGCCUAGAAGCGCUAAGAAGAAGAAAAAGCUGCACCACUCUGAGGCUCAUGAACACCAAGGCUCACAGAGACCAAAUAACAAUGCAACAAUGAACGCAGAAGAGGAGAAGGAAUUAAAGCAGCUUUUCCAGCAGUUCAUCUGCCAAUGCUUGGAAGGAGAUUUCUGAGGAGAAGAGAGACGUGGAUGGGAGGGAGGACAAAAACUUCUCCAGAUUGUUCCUGCACAGAAUUCCCAUAGUGAUUCCUACAAGCUCUUAAAAUGUUGGAGCAAAACAAGAUUUUUUAAAAUAAAACUUUACUGAAAUGUAAUCUCUGACUUGUCUUUCUUACGUUCUUUCUCAAAAUGGUUUAUGUAAGUGAAGCACCGGGAGGGAACAGAUAUAGGGUUAAAGGGUAACUCAGUGAGGGUGACUCUAUGUCUAAUUAAGGGAACAAUC